AUUAAACGUUCAUAAAUUCCACAGAAUGCUCCACAACAAAUCAAUAAUGAUGGCAACUGAAACAACGAGCAAUGAAUUAGUGUGUAUCCAAAUCAAGAGUAUGAUAUGAAGCACGCGAAGCGAGGAAUGGCUCUCAUCUUUAACCAGAAAGAUUUCAGUCUGCUCGGACUGAAAACCCGCAAAGGCACAGAUAAAGACAGAGACAGCCUUGUUAGCAGAUUUGAAGAGCUGGAUUUUGAGGUGAAGGCUUAUAAUGAUUAUAGUCGGGAUAAAGUUUUGAGGGAAAUUAAAGAAGUCGCUGCUGCUGAUCAUGUAGACGCAGACUGUUUCGUCUGCAUCUUUUUAAGUCAUGGGGAAGAUGGCCAUGUUUAUGCCAGAGAUAAGAAGAUCAAAAUACCGGAAAUCACUGAUUUGUUCAAGGGGGAUAAAUGUCGUAGUCUUGUGGGAAAACCCAAGAUCUUCAUCUGGCAGGCUUGCCGUGGUGACAAAAAGGAUGAUCCUGUGGCUCCAAUGAGUGCGGAGGACAGUGAUGAUGAAAUGGCUGUAGAUGCAGGAGUGUCUAACACCCUUCCAGCAGGAGCAGAUUUCAUUAUGUGCUACUCAACAACUGAAGGAUUUUGCUCUUUCCGUGAUCCCUUGAAUGGCUCAUGGUAUAUUCAGGAUCUGUGUGAAAUCAUGGGGCGUUAUCGUUCACAACUGGAGUUCACCAACAUCCUGACGCUUGUUAACAGAAAAGUUUCAUUGCGCUCUAUAUGCGAUGAUCUUUCUGCUACUGGCACAAAGCAGAUGCCUUGCUUUGCAUCCAUGCUCACCAAGAGGCUGUUUUUCAGGCCUAAGAAGUAAUAUUACUGUUUUACUCUAUGACAAUUUCAAAUUGAGGGAUUAUAUCAUUUUCUUUUGGUGGGUGUGAAUCUGCCAAGUAAGAAAUUAUCCUGGACCAUCAUUUCAUUAUGAAAAUCUAAUCCAUACCUAAUCCCUACCCUUAACUUUAAAUAAUUCCCCAAAUCUGAAUGGAUUAAUAUUGGAUGACAAUGAUGUAGAUGCACAUAACCAUAACUGUAAAUUAAGCUUAACAUAAACUUUAAAUCUAUCCCUUAAAUCUGACUGGCCAAUUUUAGUGUUGUUCCAGGAGCAAGUUUGAGUUGGUUUCAUUUUUAUCUUAUUACUGAUUGGACCAGUCCUUUGAUUUUGUGUUUUAUCCAACGCAUCACAAUGACACUUGUUGUCUGAAGAAUGAAAGUAUUUUGAUAUGACUUCAGACACUAUUUGACAAAGAACAAAAUUACUGUUUAAUAAAGCAAAUACUAAACAAAA